AUGGGUAAGCUUAUUUCUUCAUUAAUUCUUGUUAAUGCUCGGAUGAACCUUUCAAUUUCCCGCUCUUCUUUUUCUUCCAUUGCUACCAUAUUCGAUGUUUUACCUACGAAUCCGGUGUGUGUGCGGGAAAAGUACAACGAAUAUAAUUCUCUCACCUUGUUUCUUAAGAGUCUUGACAAGGAACCUAAGCGUUCCAUCGUGGAAUUCAACAAAUCUUUAAGAGACAUGGUUGGAAUGAAACAUUAUGCGGAUGCUGUUUCUAUGUGUAGCGAGAUGGACUUGGUAGGAGUUUCUCAUGAUGCUUAUUCUCUCAACAUCUUGAUUCACUGCUUUUGUCAAUUAGGCCAAACUGAUUUUGGGUUUUCUGUUUUGGGGAAAAUGCUCAAGUUAGGAGUUGAACCUGAUGUUGUAACCUUGUCCGCUUUGAUUAGUGGACUUUGUAUGCGACCUAAUAUUUUGGAAGCCGAUAAAUUGUUUCACGAGAUGAUUGAAAGAGGUUAUCAACCUAGGUUCAAUUUUACAGUUUUAAUAUUGUGCAGAUUGCUUAAGAUCAUAAAAGCCAAAAGAGCUGUUAGUUUUCUAAGGAUGGUGGAAGAAACAGGCAUUGAACAUGAUACUGUUGCAUAUACCUCUGUCAUCGACUCUUAUUGCAAGGAGGGGCUGUUACAGGAGGAGGCUCUCCAUCUCGUGUCCCAAAUGAGGGAUAAGGGUAUUAGACCAAUUGUCGAUACUUACACAUUCUUAAUGCAUGCAAUAUAUAAGUCGGAGGGGGCGGCAACUAGGGUUUUGACUGACAUGAUGGAUUACAAAAUUUCUCUAAACAUCUCCCUCUACAACAUAUUGAUUAAUGCACAGUGCAAGGAGGGGAUGAUUUUCAAAGCUAUGGAUACCAUUGACACAAUGAGAAAGCAAGGGAUUGAGCCUCAUGUGGUCACGUACAAUAUACUGAUUGCUGCACUUUGUGAUAAGGGGGUGGUUCCCGAAGCUGAAGCGAUUGUUCACACGAUGGAAAAGCGAGGAAUUAAGCUCGGUUUCGAGACGUAUAGUAUAUUGGUGGAUGCACAUUGUAAGGACGGAAUGGUUCCCAAAGCUGAAGGUAUUGCUGUCACAAUGAGAAAGCUAGGCAUUGAGCCUGAUGUUGUCACGUAUAAUAUAUUCAUCGAUGCACUUUGCAAGAAGGGGAUGGUAUCCGAAGCUGAAGAUAUCUUUGCCACGAUGGCAAAGCAAGGCGUCGCGCCUGAUCUUGUCACGUAUCGUUCAUUGAUUGGUGCACUUUACAACGAGGGGAUGGUUUCCGAAGCUGAAUAUAUGCUUGACACAAUGGAAAAGCAAGGCAUCGGGCCUGAUGGUGUCAGGUAUGAUAUGUUGAUCCCUGCACUUUCCAAAGCUAAAGAUAUUGUUGACAAAAUGAGAAAGCGAGGCAUUGAGCCUUGUGAUGUCACGUAUAAUAUAUUGGUGGAUGCCUAUUGGAAAGAGGGAAUGGUUACCGGAGCUUUAGAUGUCAUUUCCACAAUGAGAAAGCAAGGCAUUGAGCCUGAUGACGCCACCUGCAACGCUCUUGUGCAAUUCAUGACGUAUGGUAUAUGA